AUGAACGCAGAUAGACGACAAUAUACACCAAAAGUUCAAAACUCAGAAGAGCCACGAGACCAAAUAGUCCGGCCCCAGCCUGACACUAGAUUUAAAACCACAGAUGUGACGAGUACCAAAGGAAAUGAAUGGGAAGACUACUUCUUAUAUUUUUUCCACUAAAUAUGGAUUUUCUCAUUUUUUUCUAUUUUUUUCCUAUUUGCUUCUAGAACAGUAUAAAGAGAGAACUUCUCAUGGGAAUUUUUGAGAAAGGUUUUGAAAGGCCAGCUCCAGUACAAGAAGAAAGCAUCCCCAUAGCUCUUGCUGGACAGCAUAUUAUAGCAAGAGCUAAAAACGGGACAGGCAAAACAGCAGCCUUUGUAAUCCCAAUCCUGGAAAAAUGUGACACGUCUCAGAACUAUAUUCAAGCUUUGGUGUUAGUCCCUACCAGAGAGUUAGCACUUCAGACAAGCAACGUAAUCAAAGAAAUCGGCAAACAUAUGAACGUGCAGUGCAUGGUUACCACAGGAGGGACCUCCCUGAGAGAUGACAUUUAUAGGCUUUAUAAAACAGUUCACAUUCUUGUAGGAACACCUGGGAGGGUCUUAGAUCUUGCUUCCAAACACGUCGCUGAUUUGUCUAAAGCACAAAUUUGUGUGAUGGACGAGGCCGACAAGCUGAUUUCUCCAGAUUUUCAGCCAAUUAUAGAGAGACUGCUUGUUUUCCUCCCAGCUGACCGCCAGAUAUUGCUAUAUUCCGCAACUUUUCCAGUGACAGUGAAAGAAUUUGUACUGAGGUAUCUGCCAGAGCACCACGAAAUCAACUUAAUGGACGAACUUACAUUAGUUGGCGUCACCCAAUACUACGCCCACGUCCAAGAAAAGAAAAAAGUCCAUUGUUUAAACACCCUGUUUUCAAGACUUCAAAUCAACCAAGCCAUGAUUUUCUGCAACUCCACACUUCGUGUGGAGCUACUAGCCAAAAAAAUUACAGAACUCGGGUACUCUUGCUUCUUUAUCCAUGCAAAAAUGCAGCAGCAAGACCGAAAUAGGGUUUUCCAUGAUUUUAGGAAUGGAGGCUGCCGAUGUUUGGUGUCCUCUGAUUUAUGCACUAGGGGGAUUGAUAUACAAACUGUUAACGUGGUCAUUAAUUUUGACUUCCCUAAGAACGCUGAAACCUAUCUGCAUAGGAUCGGAAGAUCAGGAAGAUUUGGGCAUCUUGGCCUGGCAAUUAAUUUCAUCACUGAAGAAGAUAAAGAAAAUCUAUUUGCGAUAGAGCAAGAGUUAGACACUGAAAUCAAGCCAAUCCCACCAAUUAUCGAUAAGUCUUUAUAUACUUAA